UAUAUAAUCCUUAUAAUAAUUAUUUGAAAAUGUUUACACUUCACUGGUCAAGCUGGUUUGAACUGGUCAAAAGUAGACAAAAUUAAGAUAUGAUUUUUUGCUCAUACCAUUUUAUUGGAUAAGUAAAUUUUCUUUGUUAAAAUAUUUGUUAAAUGCCCUCAGGCCAUCUUGUCUUUUUCACUUCUUUAUCUGGAUUAUUCGCAUUAAGUGACACCAUGUCUAUUGAGGAAAAAUUUCUUGAAUCUUUGAGGUCUAAAUUCGAAUCAGGGAAAACAAGGAGCAUAUACCCUAGAGUAAAGUACCAUGAUCUUUUGGCAAAGAUUAAACUUUUGGAAUCAUCAGAAAAGAAAUUGACAAAAGAUUACUACAAUUUAAGAAGGUAUGACAUUUUUAAUAUUGGUGGUUUUGAAAGGUUGAUAACUAAAGUCAGCGAGAAUGACGAGGGAAAUUUCAAAAUUUAUGUCUUCCUAGAGGAACUCUAUGGUAUUUUGGAAAAGGCACAUAAAGAAACAGGUCAUGGCGGCAGAGAUCGCAUGAUAAAACAACUAAAUAAUGGAUAUGCUAACAUUUCACGUGAUGCAAUUGAAUUAUUUCUGUCACUUUGUGAAAAUUGCAAUAUGAAAAAAAAACAUAUAGGGAAAGGAGUAGUAGUGAAACCCAUUUUAUCUAAAGACUUUAACAGUAGAGGACAAGUUGAUUUGAUGGAUUUUCAAUCAAACCCAGAUGGAAACUAUAAAUUUAUUAUGGUAUUUCAAGACCACCUUACAAAAUUUUGUAACAUUAAAGCCCUUACCUCAAAAUGUGCAUCAGAGGUGGCUUUUAAUCUAAUUGAUAUUUUCACAAUUUUUGGUGCGCCCCAUAUACUGCAAAGUGACAAUGGUCGGGAAUUCACAGCUUUGGUCAUAUCCGAGUUAAAAUUAAUGUGGCCAGAACUUGUUAUCGUUCAUGGGAAACCGAGACAUCCCCAAUCACAGGGUAGCAUUGAGCGAUCAAAUGGAGAUAUCCAUGACAUGCUAACUGCAUGGCUGAGGGACAAUGAAUCAACAAAGUGGUCAAUUGGUAUCAAGUUCGUCCAGAUUCAAAAGAAUUCAGCUCUAAACAAAGGCAUUGGACGGUCCCCCUAUGAAGCUUUAUUUGGUAAAUGUGCAACAGUUGGAUUAACAUCAGAAACCAAAAUUCCGAAAGAAAUAUUGAUGACCUUAGAAAAGGAAGAGGACUUACUUAAGCUCCAGACAGAGUCUGUAAAUGAUCAACCUGUAACUGAAAAUAAAACAGAAAACAUUGUCCAUGCCUCUGAUAUACCAGAAUCUAUUGCAGAACCAAAUGUGGAACCUUCUACUCCAAUCACUGAUGAAACAGAUGUCUUAAAGUGCUAUGUAUGUGAAAAGGAUACAUCUGGAGCUCAUAUGUGUAGUAAAUGUGAUAAACACAUUCAUGUUAUAUGUGGUACUACUGUUAGUGAAGAGGGAUACGGUUCAAAGGUGGUAUGUCCAAAUUGUAAAAUUGAUACCAACAGAGUUCGACAUCGUUCUGGAGCCAUGGACAGUCAACUGAAGCAGGCAAACACUAUGAUAGCCAGGAGCAAAAAGGAACUAGGGACGGCAGAAGUUGGGCAAACAGUUGCCGUACCAAUACCUAUGUUUGACAGAGGGAAGGGUGACAGUAGAAAUUUACUCGGCCGAGUCAUUGAGGUCAAUGAUAAGGGCAAUGCUGUUGUGGCUACAAGAUUUGGACAACUUCAAGGAACAUUUGGAACAAAUGAGAUGGGAAUAUGUAAACAAAAUUUAAUUUUGGAAGAGGAAAUUAAUUGUGAAACAACUUUAAGUGUACGUGAGGCAGCAACCCAUCAGUCAUUAUCCGGAGGUCAAGGAUUUUUCAAAUGUUCUUGUAAAACUAAAUGUUUAAGUAACCGGUGCAAAUGCAAGAAAAACGGGAGAAAGUGCAAUAGUCGGUGCCACAGUUCUACAACUUGUGAUAACAAAUGAUUUUAACACAAAUUUGUAUCAAGUUUUCAUGUUUUAUAAGUAAUAUUUGACGAGUUUUAAUAUAAAAACAUAUCUUAUCUGUGAUUUUAUU